UGUUCCCGUCGGCUGCGCCCGCGGCCGGGGGCGGAGCUUGGCCACCGCGCCGGGCUGCGGGCGGCUGGGCGAACGGGCUCGGCGCUCAGGUGGCUCCUCUUUCGCUUCUCCCGAUCCCCGGCGGUGCCAGGCACGGUGCUGGCUGCCGAGGGAACGCCUUUGUGCCCGGUGCUGGGAACCCGCGACGGCCGCCGCGCGCCCCGGUCCAUUGUUUCGCUUAUCUGGGUUCCAGGCAGGUGCGGGCGGCGCGCGGGGUCCGCACGUGUCACCCCGGCGGCUGCUGCGCCGGGACCCGCGGGCGCCGGCAGGGGCGUUCCCGGGCGCGCGGCGGCGAUGAAGCACCUGAAGCGGUGGUGGUCGGCCGGCGGCGGCCUCCUGCACCUCACCCUCCUGCUGAGCUUGGCGGGGCUCCGCGUAGACCUAGAUCUUUACCUGCUGCUGCCGCCGCCCAGCCUGCUCCAGGACGAGCUGCUAUUCCUGGGCGGCCCGGCCAGCUCCGCCUACGCGCUCAGCCCCUUCUCGGCCUCGGGAGGGUGGGGGCGCGCGGGCCACUUGCACCCCAAGGGCCGGGAGCUGGACCCUGCCGCGCCGCCCGAGGGCCAGCUGCUCCGGGAGGUGCGCGCGCUCGGGGUCCCCUUCGUCCCUCGCACCAGCGUGGAUGCGUGGCUGGUGCACAGCGUGGCUGCCGGGAGCGCGGACGAGGCCCACGGGCUGCUCGGCGCCGCCGCCGCCUCGUCCACCGGAGGAGCCGGCGCCAGCGUGGACGGCGGUAGCCAGGCUGUGCAGGGGGGCGGCGGGGACCCCCGAGCGGCUCGGAGUGGCCCCUUGGACGCCGGGGAAGAGGAGAAGGCACCCGCGGAACCGACGGCUCAGGUGCCGGACGCUGGCGGAUGUGCGAGCGAGGAGAAUGAGGUACUAAGAGAAAAGCACGAAGCUGUGGAUCAUAGUUCCCAGCAUGAGGAAAAUGAAGAAAGGGUGUCAGCCCAGAAGGAGAACUCACUUCAGCAGAAUAAUGAUGAUGAAAACAAAAUAGCAGAGAAACCUGACUGGGAGGCAGAAAAGACCACUGAAUCUAGAAAUGAGAGACAUCUGAAUGGGACAGAUACUUCUUUCUCUCUGGAAGACUUAUUCCAGUUGCUUUCAUCACAGCCUGAAAAUUUACUGGAGGGCAUCUCAUUGGGAGAUAUUCCUCUUCCAGGCAGUAUCAGUGAUGGCAUGAAUUCUUCAGCACAUUAUCAUGUAAACUUCAGCCAGGCUAUAAGUCAGGAUGUGAAUCUUCAUGAGGCCAUCUUGCUUUGUCCCAACAAUACAUUUAGAAGAGAUCCAACAGCAAGGACUUCACAGUCACAAGAACCAUUUCUGCAGUUAAAUUCUCAUACCACCAAUCCUGAGCAAACCCUUCCUGGAACUAAUUUGACAGGAUUUCUUUCACCGGUUGACAAUCAUAUGAGGAAUCUAACAAGCCAAGACCUACUGUAUGACCUUGACAUAAAUAUAUUUGAUGAGAUAAACUUAAUGUCAUUGGCCACAGAAGACAACUUUGAUCCAAUCGAUGUUUCUCAGCUUUUUGAUGAACCAGAUUCUGAUUCUGGCCUUUCUUUAGAUUCAAGUCACAAUAGUACCUCUGUCAUCAAGUCUAAUUCCUCUCACUCUGUGUGUGAUGAUGGUGCUAUAGGUUAUUGUACUGACCAUGAAUCUAGUUCCCAUCAUGACUUAGAAGGUGCUGUAGGCGGCUACCACCCAGAACCCAGUAAGCUUUGUCACUUGGAUCAAAGUGAUUCUGAUUUCCAUGGAGAUCUUACAUUUCAACACGUAUUUCAUAACCACACUUACCACUUACAGCCAAGUGCACCAGAAUCUACUUCUGAACCUUUUCCUUGGCCUGGGAAGUCACAGAAGAUAAGGAGUAGAUACCCUGAAGACACAGACAGAAACUUGAGCCGUGAUGAACAGCGUGCUAAAGCUUUGCAUAUCCCUUUUUCUGUAGAUGAAAUUGUCGGCAUGCCUGUUGAUUCUUUCAAUAGCAUGUUAAGUAGAUAUUAUCUGACAGACCUACAAGUCUCACUUAUCCGUGACAUCAGACGAAGAGGGAAAAAUAAAGUUGCUGCGCAGAACUGUCGUAAACGCAAAUUGGACAUAAUUUUGAAUUUAGAAGAUGAUGUAUGUAACUUGCAAGCAAAGAAGGAAACUCUUAAGAGAGAGCAAGCACAAUGUAACAAAGCUAUUAACAUAAUGAAACAGAAACUGCAUGACCUUUAUCAUGAUAUUUUUAGUAGAUUAAGAGAUGACCAAGGUAGGCCAGUCAAUCCCAACCACUAUGCUCUCCAGUGUACCCAUGAUGGAAGUAUCUUGAUAGUACCCAAAGAACUGGUGGCUUCAGGCCACAAAAAGGAAGCCCGAAAGAGAAAGUGAGAAGAAACUGAAGAUGGACUCUAUUAUGUGAAGUAGUAAUGUUCAGAAACUGAUUAUUUGGAUCAGAAGCAUUGAAACUGCUUCAAGAAUUGUAUCUUUAAGUACUGCUACUUGAAUAACUCAGUUAACGCUCUAUUUUGAAGCUUACAUGGACAAAUGUUUAGGACUUCAAGAUCACACUUGUGGGCAAUCUGGGGGAGCCACAACUUUUCAUGAAGUGCAUUGUAUACAAAAUUCAUAGUUAUGUCCAAAGAAUAGGUUAAACAUGAAAACCCAGUAAGACUUUCCAUCUUGGCAGCCAUCCUUUUUAAGAGUAAGUUGGUUACUUCAAAAAGAGCAAACACUGGGGAUCAAUUUUAAGAGGUAUUUCAGUUUUAAAUGCAAAAUAGCCUUAUUUUCAUUUAGUUUCUUAGCACUAUAGUGAGCUUUUCAAACACUAUUUUAAUCUUUAUAUUUAACUUAUAAGUUUUGCUUUCUAUGGAAAUAAAUUUUGUAUUUGUAUUAAAAA